AUGGUGAAGAACUUUUCUGUGGACUGGCUCGCCCAGAGCUUUCAUGAUUCUACUUCUAGAGAGGUUCUGGAGCCAGAGGGGAAGCCAUGCAGACCUCAUGUUCCUUGUUUGGUUCAACCGAGGCCUCCAACAUUUUACGACAAGUUUUACUUGCAACCAAAACCAAAGAUCUCCAAAGCUGAGCAGAAACCAGAUGCCACCAUCGUGCCCAAGCAGAAUGAAGUGACCACCCCAACUGCGCCCAGAAACUGUUCAUCUCCAAGCUUUUCAGAGAAUAGCGGCGAGUACUCGUCGGGUUAUGAGAGCGAAGCGGCCGCGUCUGAAUGCGCAUCUGUUGAAGAUGGACCUGAGAUGGAACAGGAAGGUGUCCAGCGCAGAAUCAGAACCAAAUUCACACCUGAACAGAUCGACAAGCUGGAGAAGAUCUUCAACAAGCAUAAAUACCUGGACGCGGGAGAACGAGUCAAAACCGCCAUGAAGCUCAAUCUAUCUGAAACACAGGUCAGAACAUGGUUCCAGAACCGUCGCAUGAAGCUGAAACGCGAAGUGCAAGAGAUGCGCGCCGAUUAUCUUUGUCCAGCUCUACAUCCGGUACUCUUGCCGCACAUCCACCCGGUUCAGUUCCACUUCUACGACCGACACGGGCUCAGCGGACCUUUGAUGCAUCAGAUGCCACCUCAACAGAUGCCCAGCGCUCAGCACAUGAUGCCACAUCAACAAGUUCUUCCUCAUCAUCAUCACCAUCAUCAUCACAUCACGAUGCAACAUUACUACUGAAG